AUGCCUUCAGAUAAGAUUGAAAAGAAGCGCAAGCGUGCGUCAGACCGCCAUGAGCGGCCAACAAAGAAGCCUGCCCUGCAGACUCUUCCGACUCUUGUCGCCAGUGUUGUUGAGGACAAGAGCGAGUUGGCGCCUAUAAUUGCUACGACACCCGGUGUCCUCAACUCCAAGGGUCUGCGAUUCAACCCAUACACCAAGUCCCGUCACAAUGUCGAGCGGACAGCGACCCGGAACCCGGGCAUCAUUGGUUCCGAGAUGCUGCUACAGUCCUCUGAACACGAGAAAAUGGACUUUGUUGGUCGCGAAGGGACGGGUGAGGAUGUUGAUUCGCAAUUGAAGCACUAUGUUGCUGUGGUGGACCCCGAGCGCAAGACAUGGCAAGUCGUUGAGGCGCGACGAGUCACGAUCCGUGGUGCUCUUCGCAGCAGGAAGCCCGUGGAAGAGGAAGAGGAGUCGGAGGAGGAAAUGAACACGAUGCGCGCCCAGCGCACCAACCUCACCAACACCUUCGGUACUAAGCAAUCUCGCAAGGCUGUUCAAUCCAUGGCCGAAAACGCUCAACUCUCCAACGCACCCGCCGGCACACUCAAUGAAGCUGGCGCAGCUCUCAUUUCCACCCUCCCCGCCGAUGUGGCUUCUGGUUUAGCCAAGGCUAGCAACGUGCAGGCCGAAGUGCAGGCAGCCAAGCCCUUACCUACUCCCAAUCUCACUGCCACUCACCCUGCAGACGUCUACCCGCUCGAGAAUCUGGUGCCCGGUGGCCACUCUACUCUCCGUCAAUUGACCGGCAUCGACGAAUGGACACAGCAAGUGGAGGCUGGCAUGAGCAUUGUCACUGGCUCUCGAUACGUGUCCAAUCGGGUUGUGGCCGUCGUGCAAUCCGGCAACACGACUCAGACCCAAGUGCUCCGCUUCAUCCAAUUACUGCUUGAAUUCACCCGCUCAUUGAAGAGCAUGGGCCGCGACAAGGGUGCCGGCCCCGGGAGCAAGAAGCUUCCUCCCCGUGAAGACCUACGCAAGAUUCUUUCCAGCACAUCUGGCGCUGCCGGGGCCAAGGGUGGUAAGGAGGUGGAUGACUCCGACAUCGCGCUCCUCCCCGACUCGGUGGUGGAUGCCGUCCGCCGCCGGUUCGCUCCCCAGGGUGGUUUCCUCUCCAAGCAUGACCUGACAUUGCUCCACACGACCAUCUGCGCCCUCAGCUUCCACAUUCCUCCCCAACCGGCCAAGGACGGCGGAUCGAGCUCUCUGGGCGGUAACUCGCCCAACGAGCUGGCGACCGAUCCUUCGGACCUGCGCGACGACCUCCGUCUCGACUCGAACACGAUCCAACAAUACUUCCGUGAACUUGGCUGUCGGAUCGAUAAGCCUCGCGAGUCGGAAUUUGCCAAGUGGAAUAUCAAGGGUGGCAAGGCCGAGGCUGCUGCUCGCCGCAUUGCCCGUCUGCGGAUCCCGCUCGAGUUCCCCAAGGUCAGCCGAGGAGGCCGCAAGUAG